GACCGCGGGGCGCCGGCGGCGCAGGCGCGCACGACCCCCCGGCCUCCUUCCGUCAGUCAGCCGCCGGCCAACACGCGCCCCGCUUGUCUGUCGCGCGACCGCGGAGCUGUGUCGCGAGUGUCCCAACUCCAAGUGAUGACGACUUGUGACUAGUGCAAUGUUCGUGCUACGCUUAGCCGUCGUCGCGGCUACGCUCGCCGCCGCCGCCGCCGCCUGGCAGGAGAACGUCAGGCCCAAGGUCUUCGCGCAAUUAGGAGUCGAUGACACACACAAGUUCCUGGGCAACGAGACACACACAGACUACUUCAGGUUACUGCUGAGAGACGGCAACUACUUACUUGUUGGCGGCAGAAAUGUUGUCUACAACCUCAGUCUUACCGACUUGACGGAGCAGAGAAGACUAGUGUGGUACUCCACUGAAUCCGACAUCGACAUGUGCGUUGUCAAAGGAAAGGAUGAGGAGAUAUGCCAGAACUACAUCCGAGUGCUGGUCUCGCUGGCUCCAGGGCGGCUGCUGGUGUGCGGCACCAACAGCUUCAAGCCCUUCUGCAGAGAAUACGGCGUCCAGAGGGACUCCUACCACAUGGAGAAGGAGAAGUCGGGCCAAGCUGUGUGUCCACAUGAUCCCGAGCAUAACUCUACGGCUGUAUAUGCUGACGGAGAGCUGUACUCGGGCACAGUGGCGGACUUUAGUGGCAUGGAGCCAAUCAUUUACAGAGAGCCGUUACAGACAGAGCCAUACGACUCCAUGACGCUAAACGCACCUGAUUUCGUGAAUUCAUUAGUACACGGCAACUUCGUGUACUUCUUCUUCAGGGAGACAGCCAUCGAAUACAUCAAUUGUGGAAAGGCGGUAUUCUCUCGAGUUGCCAGAGUAUGCCGUGACGAUCGCGGGGGACCACACCGUUUCAAACAGCGAUGGACUUCGUUCCUCAAAUCUCGUCUUAAUUGCUCGGUUGCAGGAGAUUUUCCGUUUUACUUCAAUGAGAUUCAAUCAACAACAGAAUUAAUAGAAGGCGUGUAUGGUGGGCUCAACGCCCAGCUAAUUUACGGCACAUUCACAACACCACCAAACAGCAUAUCAGGGAGUGCUGUCUGCGCUUUCAGUAUGCAGGACAUCGCUGAUACAUUCGAAGGAACCUUUAAAGAGCAAAGCGCGAUCAAUUCUAAUUGGCUUCCUGUAAAUAGUGCAAAGGUCCCAGAACCUCGGCCGGGUACUUGUCACAAUGACUCCAGACAACUGCCUGAUCAAACGCUAAACUUUAUCAAAACUCAUGCCCUAAUGGACGAAUCAGUGCCAGCUUUCUUUGGAGAACCGAUUGUCAUCAGAACUAGCUUCCAUUACAGAUUUACGCAAAUCGCUGUCGACCCUCAAGUGAAAACACCAGGUGGAAAAGCUUAUGACGUCCUGUUUAUUGGAACAGACAACGGCAAAAUCAUCAAAGCAAUCAAUGCAGUGUCUUACGACUCUAACAAACGAGCAGUGCCUGUGGUCAUAGAAGAGCUGCAAGCAUUCGCAGCUGGUUCACCAGUCAGAGCUCUGAGAGUGGCGAGAGCUGGUCGGGAUGCUGCGAGACUCAUCGCUGUGUCUGAUAGAGAAGUGCUCAGUCUGAGGCUCCACAGAUGUUCCAGCGAGAAGAUUAGUUCUUGCUCUGAAUGUGUAGCCCUACAAGAUCCUUACUGUGCUUGGGAUAAACAAGCAGGCCGGUGUCGUGCUUACUCGCACGGGGUGAGCCGUUGGCUGGAUGAGAACUCCUUCUACCAGAGCGUCAGCACUGGAAGCCAUGCCGCGUGUCCUCAUAGCAAAGACGCGGGCGCUGUCGGUGGUCUUAGCUCAGGCCUGUACGAUGACGCACGAGGCGAGAACAAAGGGGAGGUCAUCAAUAUCGUUCAAGACAAAGAUGGAAAAGGCAGCAACAAUAACAACGAAGGACCAGAAGUCCUCGCAGCUGACCCGCCCCCAGCAGCCUACUCCGUAGAGACACUAGCGCUAGCCGUCGCAGCUGGAGCUCUAGCUGCACUGGGCGCUGGCUUCGCGGCGGGCUACAUCUGCGGUCGACGCUGCAAGAAGGACGAUGAUGAUAACAUGCCGUACCCUGACACGGAGUACGAAUACUUCGAGCAACGGCAGAAUAUCAACAGAAUCCAAGCGGAGCCCAAACUCCUGCAGCAAGUGGAGGAAGUGACGUACGCGGAACCGGUGCUGGCUCCACAGCCCAAGCCCGCGUCCCCCCGCGCCACGCUCCGCAAGCACCCCCCCUACCACCCCCACCACGAGACGCUGUUCCAGUUCCAGCCGGACGCGUACCGCCGAGACAACUUCGGCACCCUGCGCUCCCACCAGGUCAAUUUAACGCAGGAAUAUUCGGACCGCAGGGCGAUGGGUACCGGCGCGGGAACGACAAUGGCUUCUCGACCACGCGCUCAGUGAAAAAAGUGUACCUCUGAGAAACAAGCGGGGCGGAGGCGCGCGACAACAUGCACCACCACAAGCAUAAUACGCACCACCACCACACGUUGGUGUCGCAGCAAAGCAGCGGCUCGGGGUCAGGGACCGCGAGCGGGUCAUCGUCGUCGCCUUCACCGCCCUCCUCCUCGCCGUCGCCGUCGGGGGAGCGCCCCCCCACGCCGCCGCCCCCCGCGCCCCAGCCCUGCGCGUACAUCUACCGCAACUAGUGCGUCCGCCCCGCGCUCCACUAACCCAAACUUUGAAACUACCCUCGCAUACCAUCAAUCGAGGGCAUUCCCCGAAUGUGUGAUACGGACAUUAAAAUAUAGACAUUCCAAAAUGGUGCGUGAUCGUUAUUUGAACUGUGAAGUAUGGGUCACAUUGUUAUUGUACCGAUUGAUAGUGGUUAAUAUUAGUUCGCUGAACUUUUUGAUGGCGCUUGCAAUAUGAACAAAUGACAGUUACAGUGGAAACGAGAAAUAUAUUCCGGUUACAGCAACGGUUAUUAAUACCAUUGUUACUGGAGUAGAGAAAAAUUUAAAUCGUUAUUUGUGACUCCACAAUGACCUAUCAACCGUCCGUAUGAUGUAGUGAUUAAUGAAACGGUGCCAUCAGUUAGUUCAGCGUAAGGGAGUAGUUUCUUAUCCAGAAGGGCGAAUUUCGCAUCUACCGACUCGCGUAUAAUCUUAGAGACUCUAGCAACUAAGAGGACUUCUUAUACCAUUAUUAGUAGCCAAGAGUGAAACAAGAACUUAGUGUGAUUUGCUUACGCAAGUAGCAUGCGAAUUUCGUGCGAAAAAAUCGAAAAUUGUGUGUUUUAGAAGGGAUGUUUGUACGCAUGAGUUCGCAAGAAUUUCGCGCAUAAUUCGCCCUUAUGGAUAAGGUCUGCCAAUUAACACUUGUUGGAAGAUGUAACGUUACAAUGCAUCGUACAAGUGAGUUGCCUAUAAAAUUAGAAACUUAGAGCCUAUUUUUACAAAUUAAUAAAAAGGAAAAAUUUGUAAGGUAGGCUGAGAAAAUAUAGCGUGUUAUUUCGUGUAAUUUGUUACUACUUGGAUUGUAUACAAAGUCACCGUUUACGUGACAGAAACAUUCUUCCAUGCGAAACAAAAUAAUAUACGUACUCGUGAUUAUCCAGAAUAAAAAAAAGUUGAUGCUAUAUCGGAAGAGGUGACAAAAAAUAUUUUUUUUAAAAGGCGAUACAAUAUCGACCCGUGUAUGUAUGAUGAUAAAAAAAAUGUAACAAAUUUGUAGAUUGUUUAGAAUAUACAUAGUUUACUUAUAUUUUAGGUAAAAAUAUAAGUUUUGUUGGUAACAUGUUGAUGACUAGUUAUGUGAAAUUGUGAAUGGCAUUGCGGAUUUUUUUUGAGGUACAAUCUGGGUAACAUGCGUUAACACAGAACACAGAACGUACAGUAAGUCCACAAUAUAAUUUCAAGGUGUAAAAUGAUGGGAAAAUAUUUUUGCCAAUGGUAACACCACAUUGACGUACGCAUUUCCGUAUCCUUGUUGCAUUUCAAAACUAACUCAAAUCAAUAGUGUUCAGAACCUAAAGAUUUUUUUGUUGACGUAGAUUACUUAACCAAUUUAGACGAAGACGAAUAUUUGUCCAUGCUUUUCAUUCUUAUUAUUAUGACUCUGCUGUACCAUACUAUUUUAACAAUUUUGAUUAAAAAAAUUGCAUGUACCUACAGUUGAGGUAUUUCGAAAAAAGUGUGCAAUGAAUUUGCACAAUUGCUUUUUACUACUAUUAGUAGCGUGACAUUAAGUAACGAUAAGGAAUUUCUAAAACUGAAAAAAAUCCAGUACAAAUCGACAACAUUGUGACAAUUGUACUUAAUUUGACAAUUUUAUUCAUAUUCACCAGUGUGUUUACUACCUUAUGAUGAUUUUGGUUUUAUUCCAUAAUAUUUAACAUACACGAAAAUUCAUAGAUAUAGUAAGCAUGACUGUCUGUAUUUGUACGUAUCAUUUGAGUCUAGUCAUACUUCGUACGUCACUUUAUGACUAGAAGACUCAAAUGAUAACUGCUGUAUAUUUUAAAUUAUCUAUUAAUUUUAAACUUCAAAAUGUUGUCGAAUUAUAUUAAUAAAAAAAAUCGUUUACAUUAUUGCUAAUUUGUUUAUAACAAAUAUUUAAAUCAAACUAAAUUGGCAUAUCUAACAGUUAAUGUUGUUCUUUUAGGAAAGACCUGUAAUGCAGUCUAGAGUUUAGUCUAAUUGGAAUUUCAAUCAAACUGUACAGUUUUUAGUUUUGCCUACACUCGAACAUUUUACCUGUAACAGUUCAACUGUUAAAACUGCACAGUCAAAACUGUACAGUUAAAACUACACAGUCAAAACUGUACAGUCAAAACUGCACAGUUAAAACUGUAGGUAUGUAGGCCGCAUACUAUGAGUUGUACAUUUAGAACUGUCAAAAUAGUUAUUUUUAAAUUAUGCGUUAAAACAAAAUAGCAGUUUUAAAAAAUGUAAACGGUACAUACAGAGAAAGAUAUGAAUAUAAAUAUUAUAUUUACCUUGUAUAAAUAAAAUGUAAAUCCUGAUACUUAUUCAUUUAUUAAAAAGUGCUUCUUAUGGGUGUAUCUAGAUUAUUAGGGGAUCGUUUUGAUAAUUAUCCGAUAAUGUUAUAGAAUUAGCGAUUAUGUAAACAUAGAGAAUAGAGAGUAAGCGCACUGCGGUGCAGUAUUGCCAACUUAGAGUGGUGGCGCGCCAUUUGUAAAAAUACUGUGAUCGGAUUGGUCAUUGUGUAUAUACAUUUUGGAAAUGAGGUUAUGGGUACAUGGAGUAUUUAACCGCUCUUUAACUUCAAUAUAAAAUUAAUAUUCGAUGUACCCAUGUCCUUAUACACUUCUUUUAGUCAACGGUUGAUUCUAAAUUAAAAAAUCCAGACAUGUGGGCCAAACUUUGAAAAUUCUUUUCGAUAACGUUCCUGUUGCUAAUUUAUAUAAAAAAAAAUCUUGAUUAAACGCUUCAACUAGCUAGCGAGUUGUUUUCAGGAAAGUUUAUACGCAUUCUCAAUGAAUUGUUGACAAUUAAAUGUGUGUAAAGAAAAUGUCAAUUCUAUUUGUAAUGAUCUAGUGCCUAAGUGUGUGUGGCAGGAUUGUAAUGUUCGUUGUCUUGACCACUCUAGUUAAGUAAUUCGAGAAAGUGUACCUAUGUCUACUAAAGUUCAGCCGCUCAGAUAUUGCGUUUCUGACAGGUUGUGAUCAAAUGGGCGAUGUAGCUUCGUUGUUGGACUGCGCUGUUUCAAGGUUAUGCCAACUGUUUGUCUUUGUAGUGCUGAGACAAAAAACGAGGCAAUUUAAUUUAAAAAAAAAUGUCCCAUUCGAUCACGACCUGUCAGACACGCAAUCUCCGAGCAGCCAGGACAUUAUACGUAUAUCUCUGCCACUAUGAAAUCAAUCCAGAUGACACAAUUUAAGCGAAAGUUGCAUUUCAUACACCAAUAUCUGAUAUUAAACAUCACUGGUAACAUUACUCUCCUAAAAUGAGAUUUUAGGAGAGUACUUUCGCCAUUAAUCCUCUUCAUUAUUGGAAACUGAAAACCUACUCUUAAUGUAAUUUCACCAAAUACGUUACCUAUUUGGUGAAACAUUACCUACAUUAUGUAGCUUUCAAGUUAUUAGCAUUCCUAAAACUGCCCGGAGUAUUCUGAAAAAUCGGAAAUUUAGUCCUUGGCAAGUCGUAUUCUUAGAAUUUAAUUAAAAUAAAAACGCUACACGCCAAAGUAAAACAGUUUCAAAAACGACACGAUAGUUUUGCGGGUAGUUACGAUUUCCAUGUCGUAGAGUACGAAGGUAAUAGACAAUUUUAGUAGAUACUAUACUUACUCGAAUUAUUUAUUAAACGUGUAUAGUUUGUACACUGCAGCUGUGUCAGAGUUUCGUUCGAACUGUUGUUUAAAGAGGACAUUAGAGUAGUUACAAUAGUUGAAAAUUUAUUAAUAAAUCGCAAAGUUAACUUUUUAUAAUAACACUUGAAGGCAUUCUGAAAUUGCCUUGUUAAUACUCAACUUUAUUUCACAAUUAAUAUACCAAAGAUGCCAUAAAGUUUUUAAGUAAUAUAUUAUUUAUUUAUAGAUGUAAUUAAUUAAACGUAAUGAUUAGUAAAAAAAAAUGUAAUAUUGUUAUUUUUAAUGAACGUAACUGCCAACUUUCGUAUAUUAUAUUUUCAUACUGGUGUCAAAUAUUUUGUACAUAAAUGGCUACACUAAAUUGGCAGUUCUAAAAGUAGCACGCUCCUUUUUUGUUUGGUGCAUAGCGAGAGGGACAAUGUUCGAGCUGCCAAUUUAGUUUAGAGAUUUACAUACAUUAAUGACAUCAACCAAUACGCACACAUACCUAUUUGUUUCUAAAUGAUAAAUCAUUUAUUUAUGUAGGCGCUUGUGUAUUCUGACGAAUGUUUAGUAUAUAUUUAUAUUUAUUAAUCGAACCUAUUAAAAUGGCGACUUAUGCCUUGAUGUCAAGAUACUUAAAUUAAAAUGUAUAUAUAUAUUAUUCAAGUAAAAACAAAUGUAUUCCUCCAGAAUCGAGCAGGUUUUUUUGUUAUCACCAUCCUAUAAUUCAGUACCAAGGUAGUUUUGCCAAUAAGUUAUGUGUAGAUGAUACUCAUAGUGUUAUACGACGGAAGAAGAACAAAAAUGUCUUGGAAUUUUGUAUCCCAAUUUAACCAAUGUUUCAAACUAUACAUUUUGUAGUAAGGCUGAGAAUAAAAUGUAGUAGACAGUAAGAGUUACAAACAGUUUAUCAAAAAUUGCGUGACAAUGUUGCUUUCUCCGAGAAAGUAUACAACAACAUAGAUAUUUUCUUUUAGUGAAAAUAUUUAAUUAGAGAAUGACGAUAAUGUUUAAUUUUUUAAUCUAAAAUCUUCUAUGGAGACUAUCCAUCGAGCUUUUUAAGGAAAGCCAUGAAGGGAGCCAUUUUAUAAUGAAGUUUAUGAAUGUUGUUACGAGGUAUACGUUGUCAUUUUAAUAGUCCGCUGAACAAAAUUAUUUGCAAACAUACGUAAGAGAGGCUAGUUUAUAAAUGUAAAUAGCGGUUUCCGUAAUGUAAUUAAUUUAUACUUUCGGUCGAAAUUAGCGUAAGCGAUUAGAAUAAGCGCAAGAGAAAUUUUUGAACGUGAAUUGUUAAGAAUUGUUUUUUGUAUUAAUUAAAAAAAGUAAUCUUAACGAAAUGUACAAUAACCAUUUCUACGUUUAAAAUUACUGAACCACCUUUUAUACUCGUAAACAUGCCUAGAAAGUCUCGUGUAAGCGUAAAUUAUUUGAAAAUAUUAAAAAUUAUAUUAGAACGUAUCGACUACAUUUAAAAUCCAUUUUAGUCCAAUUCGAACUAAACGGUAUAUCAAAUAAUUGUCAAAGUAAUAAUUCGUGUUAACAUGGUAGGAAUCUAUUAAAAUUUAAAAUGAAGAAUUUACAAUGUUUACAACGGAAUGCCUACCUAAGAUGCAUAGAUAGAUCGUGCCGCCUGCGAAAAGAAUAAAAAUGUGAAAUACUUGGAAACGGAAAGAAAAUUCUGUUACGUUUUUUGAUUUAUUUCUUACUUUUUUCUAAUAUUAUUUAUAUUAUUCUAUGAUAUAGAUGUUUCAAGUUUGUUUCCCUUUAUUGCGAAUUGGAUUAAAAUAUUAGGUAGAUUAUAAUAGACCGCUUAAUUUGUUUUGAGACUUGGAGCCUUAGCGUUAGAAAUUGAAGACUUUGUUAUAAUAAAAAGAAGUAUCUGAUAAUUACAGAAGAAUCGAUAGAAUAAAAAUCGGAAACUUUUAUGAAAGUAUUGUUAAGUACCUAUCUAAUAGCGGGUUUCAACACAUCUCAAACUAACCAUCACAUAGGUUUACUAUAGCGUGUAUAUAUUAUGGGGUUUAUUUAUAGGGGUAGCUGCGCCUGUUAGAAACGUUUAGCCGAUACUUGUCACUUUAUUCAAAAUAUCGUAGAUAUAUUAAAAACGUUAAAUCUUUUUCAAAUUCCAUAAAAGUCUAAUGAAAUACGACUUGAUCCAUUAAAAACUUAUUUAUAUGUAGGUACCACUAAAAGUUUUAAUUUUUAAACUUUUUUUAGACUCCUUGGACACUGAUACGAGUAUGUAUUUAAAUAUAUUUUACAAAUUAAAGUGUAUGUUAUUAUUGUACAUUCAUAUAGUGUGUAAUUACGUAGAUUGUUAUAUGUAGGUAGAUACUUACUGGCUAGUCCUGGGUAUCAAUCAAUAAAUCAAUUAUGGCAAACAAUUAUGCUGACUAAGCAGAGUAAAGAUAGAGGGCAAACUGUUGACCAUACCUUUACUAGACAUUUCCAAACACCACGGUUAGGAACUACAGGUAUCUACUUAAAUCCGACGAGUUUUAUCGUCAUUUUUUGUUAUCGAGUCAAUGAUAUAAGUAAAUGGAUGGUCAUAAGCCCCUAUUGUUGGCCAGACUGGCACACACCUGGCGAAGUCGUUUAUCAAUUUCUAUCACUACUUAAUAGAAGCAACACAAAGUGACAAGUAUCGCGUAAAUUGUAUAAGAAAGUCGGUUAACGCGAGUGCAAUAUUUUUCUACUUCUCUUUCGAAUCGUUCGAAUAUCCGCGUAAACGACAAAAUAGAUGGGGUGAUCGGUAACUAUGGAAGUGCCUAAGUAAAUUUACUUGCAUCUGUAGUCUUUAUUCCCUCUCUCUCUAUUCCCUGAAACUGGCCUUUAGUGCGUUUCUUUAGCGUGCCUUUAGUAAAACUUAUAUAGUAACCGCCCAAGUGUACCUACCCGCUAAAGUUUGGAAUAACCAUUUAAUUUUUUUACAUAUAUUGAGCAAAAUAUAGCCAAAGUAUACCUAAAAAAAAGAAUACAUCCUAAAAUGACACUUGAAUUAUAUCUGAUGUGUUAAUAACCAGGCGUUAGUAAUAUACAAGAUAUCUAUAAUUCUCAAGAUAUAUCUUAAGCCAAUGAAGUAUAUGAUGCUCAAGUAGAGUGUUACAUUUACAAAACAAGGGUCUGUAGCCAUGUGGGACGUCUCUUUCUACAAAUGUUAAAUGUAUUGGAAUGACAUUUGCUAUUGACAAUUCACAGACGUGGUCAAGAAAACAAGCUGAUCUGUCAUUCCCAUACAUUUUUUUAGUUUUCGUAGCGUUAGCGUUUGUAGAGACAGAAUUGACGUGCCACGUGGCUACAGACCAAGAUCUUUUUAUCACUCCUAAGUUAUAUACUUACAUUUAUUUUAUAAAAUGGUUAUUCCAAAUCUCUUCAUCAAAAACAUGAUGGUUAUUUGAAGAGUUUAUUCUUUACAUACCAAGUAAUUUCAUCAUAAUUUAAAUUUCUCAGAAUAGCGUUUAUUAAUAAUUUAAUAUAACAUUACUUUGACCGUGUUGGUUUGCUUUUUAGACACUCCAUAGGUUAAGUAGGAGUUUUAUAAUUAUUACGAUGAAUAAUGCAAAAUGCAAACGCAGUGAUAGUACUGUUAUCUACACCGUAAUCGCUGCCCAUAUUUAUAGAGUGCAAUUUUUUAUAACUAGAGACGAAUAGAAUGAACUGUGACGUGCAAAAUAUGAAAUGCGACGAACGCCAUUUUGUAUUUUAUACCUCAUUGCCUUCAAAUGUUAUGAUCAUUUUCUCAUUAAAUAUUAUUAAAAUAUGCUAAAUAUUUUAGCAAAGGAUAAAAUGUAUUCCUUUUCUUUAGUAAAUAAAAUAUUGAAAUUUGAA